AUGACGUCGAAGCUGCAGUCAUACUGCAACGAGUACGGCUACACCUUCCCGCAGCUGCCACCAGAGUAUGCCCCGGACAGUGUGGACGCAGAGAGCCAGAGCAGCAGGAACCGUCGGGCGAACAGCCGUCCAACCAAGCGGACAAGAAAGAAGAGGUACAUCCCGGAGAUCAACUCCGGAGGCUAUGCAAUCCUGAUGGCUCUCAGCAUCUACGACAAGCACGAAAACGGGAUGACAAGAAACGAGAUCGUCAAGCAUGCCACGCAGUACUGUACGUCGUCAUUCCAGGCGAACCCGGCAACGGGGAACUUCCACUCGGCGUGGGCCAGUGUCAACACGUUGAUCAAAAACGAGUACGUUCUCGCCGAGGGGACGCCCAAGUACUAUUCUCUCACAGACUUGGGCAAAGAAGUGGCUGAGAUCUUGAAGGAGAUGUUCGAGAAAGCAGAGGGUUUGGAUGACAUCAGUGCGAUCAAGCGGAAGCAAGUGCACCCUGCAACGACUACGGCAGCGGCAACAGCCACGGUGACAACAAUGAUGUCGUCUCCGUUGGCAAACAUCAAGCAGGUGGCCAGCGAGAGCAGUGGCAGAUCUGAGUAUCAGAUCUGGAAAAGCGGGAGUUAUGAUAUUAAAUUUUUGUUGGACAACAGGGAGGUCUUCUCCAAGCAGGAGCGGGACUUCUUCAGCAGCGCGUUGAAGGACAUGGGCAUCAAUCUCGAGGUGAGGGCCUUGCCCGUGGGCGAUGGGACUUGGAUCGCAGUGAACCGCCAUACAAAGCAGGAGACCACGCUAAACUUUAUCUUCGAACGUAAGCGGUUGGACGACCUUGCCGGGUCCAUCCUGGACGGCCGGUACCGGGAGCAGAAGUGCCGCUUGGAGCGGACAGGCAUGGAAACCAUCUUCUACAUUGUCGAGGAGCAGACGGGCUCGGACAUCUCUGCCUUUGCGGAUGCAAUCAAAACGUGUAUCUCGAUGAACACCACCUACUCUGGGUUUCAUACGAUGCGCACAAAGGACCCUGACCAGACCCUGGCCCUCAUCAGCGACCUCACCAACCUUAUCAACAAGCUCUACAGCAGCAAGACAUUGCUCGUAUUGGAACCACGCAGUUUGAGCACCCAGGAGGAAUACAAACAGCUUCUCAGCACGAUGCGGGCCGAGUUCAGUGACAAGGAGGUCGUCUACAGCUACAACACUUUCCACGAAAUCAUGGGCAAGACAGCGCUCACAAGCGUGCGAGAAAUGUUCAUCCGCUUCCUCAUGACUGUCCGUGGGGUCAGUCUCGAGAAGGCCAGUGCCAUUCAAGCUCAGUACAAGACUCCCCGGGCCCUAAUAUCGGCAUACCACCGCUGCCACGAUGAAGCCCCUGACGGUAGCAGGUGCCGGGAGCUUUUAGCAAGCUUUGAGCAGUGUCAAAGCUCAAUAUUCGAUACAGCUUCACUGCUACUUGUUUCGAUCAUGGCAUACGUUAACAGUGAGGCCACCACUGACAAGAACUUGAAACUGCGUACCAGUUUGUUUGCAAAGAUUUUCGAGUUGAUUGAAGACUCUAAGCCAACUGUUCAGCCUUUAAAAGAGUACAAGGAUGGCCACUCGGGUGUUCAGUUUGUCCACAACGAAGAAACUCCAUUUUACACCAAGGACCAGUUGCUUUCAUUUUUGGUUGUCACUGAAGAUGAAAAGAAGGAUUUGAUGAAACACCACGAAACAUUGGUCACCAAGCUACUAGACUCAUACCCAGAUAAUAUUUAUGAACCGGACUCCAAGGGAAUUGUGUAUGUUGGAGGUAACAAGUUCUCAUGGUUGACUUUGAUUUCUAUAAUGAACUUACGUGCAAUUGGCUCAAAGUUACCUGUUGAGGUCCUGAUUCCAAAAUACGAAGAAUAUGAGUUGAACAUCUGUCAAGAAGUUUUUCCUCACUACAAUGCUAAAUGUAUCUAUUUGCCAAAAUUGGUUGGCGAAAAAAUAUACAACGAACACGACUUCAAAGGUUACCAGUAUAAAAGUUUGGCUCUCGCGUUAUCAAGUUUUGAGAACGUUCUGCUACUUGAUGCUGAUAACACUCCUUUGAAGGACCCAGAAUUGCUUUUCUCUUCCAACCCUUUCAAAGACCAUGGUAUGGUUUUGUGGCCAGAUUUCUGGAAACGUACCACUCAUCCUUACUUUUAUGACAUAAUCGGUAUCAAUAUCGAUGACAGCAAACGUCGUGAUUACGGUUAUCAUGAAUACGGUCACUACUACAAACCUAUUGCUCCAGAAGGCACUGUUUUGUUCCACCAAUUAGAUCACACAAUGCCUGAUCCAACUAGUGAGUCAGGUCAAGUCCUGUUUUCAAAGAAGAAGCACUUCAAGUCUCUGGUCCUGUCAUUGUAUUACAACACUUACGGUCCUGAUUACUACUACCCAUUACUUUCUCAAGGUGCUGCAGGUGAAGGUGACAAGGAAACAUUCCUAGCUGCUGCUCACGCCCUGGGUGAAAGCUACUAUGCCGUAAAGAAACAUGUCAUUCCAUUAGGUAGGUUCAGGGAUGGUAACUUCCAUGGUAGUGCUAUGGGUCAAUACGACGCUGUUCAAGACUAUGAAUUGUUUAACAAAUAUGCCGAAAGCACGGAAGACAUUGGGGACCGCCCUGACUUCUUCUUUGUGCAUGCUAAUUUCCCAAAGAUGGAUCCAUGGAGUCUAAAGAAGGACGACAUCAUCUAUGAUGCUGCCAAGGAUGAAAGAAACCGUUUGUUUGGUGAAGGAUUCAUCGAUGACGCCAAAUACGAUUUCGAGCUUCAAAUGUGGGGGUUCAUGAAGGACCUCCUUUGUGAGCAAAAGCUCGAGUUUAUCAACUUCUCUAACGAGGACUUAACUUCAGACCGCGUGUGUUCCGAAGUACUUGAGCAAUACAAGUACUUGGAGUCCACCACUAAAAAAAAUUAG